AUCUUGAGUCAUCCAGCCAUCCAGCCAUCUAGUCAAAAAAUAUCACUGAAAUUCAACCAUCGUGUAAAGUAUAACAAUUCAUAAUGGAUCUUACAUCAAACUGACAAACAGACAUAAAAACAGACUUUUGAAUAUCAUGGCCAUAUGUGUAAAUACAUAGAUUAUUAUUUUCGUUCGGAUACACGCAGUAAUUAUGGAUGUUUUAAUUUGGGCCAUGUUUACAGUUGGACUUUUUCAACAGGUUUCAGGAUUGAAUGGAAAGGUACAGGCUGGACCAGUUGAAUGCCCAAUCCAAGACAACCUGUGUGAAAAUGACAAGAUGGGCUAUGAGGCUAUCAACUCCCUACAUGCUCAGAUAGAUGAUGACAAGAAUGGUGGAGUCACCCUGUCUGAGAGCGAUGAGUUUAUCCGUGAUGAGCUUAAAUACACAGAUGACUUUGAGCGCCACACAAAGUUCCAUCGCAAAGAUGAAUAUAUCACUGCAGAGGAGCUCUGGAGAAUCUGGACAAACUCGCAUGUAUACAACUGGACAGUGGAUGACACUAUAGAGUGGCUAGUAACCUCUGUAGAACUUCCUCAAUAUGCAGAGGUCUUUAAACUAAAUGCAGUUGAUGGUCACUCAUUACCAAGGAUUGCUAGUAACAAUGCACAAUACCUUACUAAAAUUCUUGGGAUCAAAAACAAUGUAAACAGGCAGAAACUCUGCCUCAAAGCCAUGGAUGUUGUUCUCUUUGGACCACCUAAAAAAGGCCAUAGUUUACUAAAGGACCUUGCUCUUGUGAUAUCUCUGGUGAUAGCCGUUGGAGGAUGCUGGAUGGCUUAUAGUCAGAACAAACACUCGCAGGCACAUAUCAAAAAGGUCAUGAAAGAUAUGGAGGUGCUACAGAAAGCUGAAGAUUCACUCCUUAAACUUCAGGAUCAAUUAGAGCGUGCUCAGGAAGAUCACAAAACAGUUGCAGUAGAGAAAGAAAGCCUUGAGAAAAAGAUGAAUGAGGCAAUUAAAACAUCAAAGAGCGAAGCAGAAAAUCUAAAAUCCAAAUCUGUAAAUACUGAGGAAUUAAUCUCAAGACUAAAAACUGCAGAAGAUGAACUUGCUCUGUUUCGAACUGCUCACAGGGAUGGCAUUUGGAGGCCUCCCCAUGAAUUACAGUACUGGCUUCAACUCACAUAUGAAAUAGAAAAUAAGCAUUAUGAGACAAAGAAAGAGGCUGCUCAAAGACAACUCACUGCUGCCAAGGAAACUUGUGAAAAGAUUCGUAAAAAAAGGUCAAGUUUUAUGGGUGCCAUACGGAUAGCACACAGCAGUUCUAUAGAUGACGUAGACCAUUCCAUUUUAGCAGCCAGGGGGUCCCUUGAGGAAGUCCGCAAUGAUCUCCAAGAGAGACAACAACGAUGGCAGGAGAUUGAGAAUCACUGUGAUUUCUGUAUUAUAAACAACCCAGGUGUGGCUCAGAUAGAGGCUCUCUUAGGCCUGCACCCCUCGCAUCAUGCAAACCAUUCAGCCUCUGCUACUGGUGCUGGCAAUCUUGCUGCAUCCAAGUUGAACAUUGCCCCACUUGCUGUUGAUGACAAUGAUGAAGAUAUUCCCCCUGCAUUCACACAAGUAGCAGCUACCCUAUGCUCUCAGCCACAUUCACAAACAAGAAUUUUACGUCGCAAUAUUCCCCAAACAGUAACAGGUGGUCGUCAGAUGAGCAGUCAGAUGGAUCUCCGUCAUAGGGGUGGCGGCCUCCCUUCAGCCUAUAGUGCCUCUACCCUCAUCACAGCUAGCACCCCCAACAUUCACACCACAGCCUCUGGGACACACCUGAAUGGUGCCACUAGCCAUCUGGAGAAUAUCUCAGCGUCAGACUCUGGAGAGAGUACGCAUAGUUGUAAUGAAGCUAUUCCAUCUACUAACACUCCAGUAUGCUUUAACCUUGGGGAGAAUAGUGAAUCUGGAGGAGGUUCCUCUAUAGGGUCUACGGGAGGAGUGUCAUCUAUUGGAGGAUCAGCCCCAGUUGUGGGAGAGUCCUCCCAAGAAAAUGAAACAGCACCAAGGGUUUUAAUACAAAAAUCUGCUAGUGUCGAUGCAUCUUCUAUGAACCAUAUGAAAUCAAACUUUUCCAAUGACACUGAUAUGAGAUCACGGAGUCAGAGUGAUGGAGCACGUUUAAACAAUCGUAAAAUUGGAUUGACGUCACGGGGAGCCCCACAACAGCCUAAGCUUGAGGAAGAGGACAAUAAUUCUGGCUUGGAUACGUCAAAAUCCACUGAGAGCUUAGACUUGUUAGAUGGCACUAAAGAUUUAUCUCCUAAAAAACUUAAAAAGAGGAAAUUAUUUGGUAAUCUGUUGAAAAAAUCAUCAAACCACAAUACGUCCAGUUGAUGUGAAUCUUGAGGACUGCUUUAGUCCAUGUACACCAAAACUCCACUUUUCAGAUAAAUCUAAAUUAUACCACUCUCUCUCUUGCUAAUAUAAAGCAUUUUCUUCUCAUAUUAAAACACCUGACUCUUUCAAACAUAUUUAUUGACAA